UUCCAUCCGACCGUUGAUAUUUUCCCUAUUAUUAUAUUAUAUUAUUAUAUAUCUUAAGCUUCCGCGAGAAGGGUCCGGUGAUCGAAUCAAUCCUCUAAUAAAAGAAACCCUCGCCCUUUUCCAAAGCCCUCUCCCCUUUCGGGGUCGACGGAGAUACAAAACAAUGGCUUUUGCUCGUAAAAUUGGUAAUCUUGUCAAGCAAACUAUUACUUCCAAUCCAUCCCUUUACCAAGCAGUACGAUGCAUGUCGUCCUCAAAGAUAUUCGUCGGAGGGUUAUCCUACGGCACAGAUGAUCAGGGCUUAAGGGAAGCAUUCACCAGCUUUGGCGAAGUAAUUGAAGCUAGGGUUAUUAUGGAUAGGGAAACCGGUAGGUCGAGAGGUUUUGGCUUUGUUACUUUUACAUCAAGUGAGGAGGCCUCCACCGCCAUAAGUGGCAUGGAUAGUAAGGAGCUUCAUGGUCGGUUUAUUAGAGUGAAUUAUGCUGCUGACCGGAGCCGCAGCGGCUAUGGAGGCUAUGGUGGCGGCAGUGGCGGCACCUAUGCUGGUAGUGCUGGUGGCUUUGGCAGUGGUGGCAGCUAUGGAGGCGGUGGCUAUGGUGCUGGCAACGGCGGUUACCAGGGUGGUGGUUAUGGCGGCAGCAGCUAUAAUGAGAGUGGAGAUGGCUAUAGGGAUAGCGGUUACGCUGGUGGCGGCAAUGGUGGUAGCUACAACCAGAGUAGUUAUGGCGGGGGCAACUCUGGCAAUUAUAGCAGUGGCUAUGGUGGGGGUAAUGUUGGUUAUGGCGGAGAUAGUGGUGGUUACGGAGUUAGCACUGGUGGCGACAAUUAUAAUGUGGCUGAAGGUAGUGGCGGAAAUGACAAUUUAGCUGGUGGUGCAUUUAGUGAUAGUUAUUCGGGCAUCAGCGGUGCUCAUGAAUCUGGUGGGAACUCGGCUACGGACUACGGAACUGGUUUCAACCAACAGGAUAAUGCCAAUGCUUUUCAAAACCCCAGCAGUUAUGGCAAUACUAGUCAAGAGAACCAACUGGAUGGCAAAUAUAAGGAUGAUUCUGAUGAGCCUGGCUAUGCUAAUAAGCAAAGUUGAAGAACAUGUUGUUCUUUGUCUUGUGGAACAAUAAAAGUAUGAUGUCUUGUUAGUUGUUGAGUUCUCGCUUGUUUUUUAGCUAUUUGAGUUCACAAUGUAUUUGAACAAUGAAAUGUUUUAAGGUGUAUUUGACUUCUUCCUGCAAUGUUUUAAUCUGCUUUUAAAUAAAUCAUCAUGUUUAGCAUUA